AUGCAAGCUGAGUUGCAGGCUCUAACAUCUAACAACACCUGGUCUAUUGUAGACCUUCCUCCUGGCAAGAUUCACCUGGAUGUAGAUGGGUGUACAAGAUUAAGUAUAAGGCUGAUGGCAGUAUUGAAAGUCAGAGUGCUUUUGGCAAUAGAUGCUACUAGAGGAUGGCAUUUGGAACAACUUAAGGUGAACAAUGUCUUCCUCCAUGGAGAUCUAAAUGAAGAGUCCCAAGCUGAUCACUCAUUAUAUACUAAGUCUACUGCAAAGUCCUUCACUGCACUUCUGGUAUAUGUAGAUGACAUAGUAUUGGCUGGAAACUCUUUGAAGGAAAUUGCUCAUGUUAAACACCUUUUAGAUCAAAAGUUUAGAAUUAAGGAUCUUGGUGCUUUGAGAUUUUUUCUAGGUUUUGAGAUUUCCAGGUAUGAUGCAGGUAUCUUCUUCAAUCAGAGGAAGUAUACUCUUGAACUUCUGGAGGACACAAGUUAUUUUGCUGCAAAACCCUCUCAUGUUCCUUAUGAUCCUACCUUGAAGCUCACCACCACUGAUGGUGAUCUUUUGUCUAAACCUGCCACAUACAGGAGGUUAGUUGGAAGGCUGGUUUACUUAACAAAUUCUCGUCCUGAUAUAUCAUAUGCUGUUCAAAACUUAAGUCAGUAUGUAUCUCAACCUCGAGCUCCACACUUGAAGGAUGCUAAUAGAAUUUUGAGAUAUUUGCAAGCAUGUCCUGCUAAAGGCAUUCUCUUCUCUUCUUCAAGUCAAUUCCAAUUAUAUGGAUUUGUUGACUCUGACUGGGCAAGGUGUUCUGAGACUAGAAAAUCUAUCACUAGUUUUUGUGUCAUGAUGGGCGACUCUACUAUAUGUUGGAAAUCUAAGAAACAACAAACUGUCUCAAGGUCCUCAACAGAGGUUGAAUACAGAGCCUUAGCUUCUCUCACUUUUGAGCUUCAAUGGCUCCAAUAUUUGUUUGCAGAUCUGCAAGUCCAAUUCUCAAAGCCAGCUUCUGUAUUUUAUGAUAGUAAAUCAGCUAUUCAUUUAGCUCACAAUCCCACAUUUCAUGAGAGAAACAAACAUAUUGAGCUAGAUUGUCAUGUGAUAAGGGAGAAGCUCUAG